CCUUUCUCUUGUUCUUUAGGAAAGUUUUGCAUUUGCCAAUUGUACAGAUUGCAAAGCUCCCUAUUACCUAAGGGUACAUGUUCAUCCAGAAAGAAAAGGGCGAAUUCUGAAAUUCCUCAAGUUUCGGAAUAUACUAUGUGCAUUUGCUGUGAUUCAAAUUGCAAUCUGUUCAUUGGCAAGCGUCUUGUAUUUGGUUUGUGGAAACGGGAUUUAUUUUGGCAGCUUAAAUUAUUUUUAUGGUGGAGUUUUUGAUAGCUAUGUCUAUUAUCCUUUGCUGUUAGAAAGGGUUUCUGCUACAAAAUUGAAUGUCUACUAUUCUCUUGGGCUGCUGCUAUGUUGUCUUCUUCUCGGAUUGUCCAGAUUCUUUAUGGCUUGCUAUAAUCUAGGAAAGCUCUUGGGCAAGGCUCAGUCAUAUCAAGAUUUAUAUAUUCUUUGCAAAAGAUCCUGGUGGAGCAUAAGUACCAAAGCAUUUUACUAUGGAUUCAUGGCAGAAGCUGAUCAAACUUGGCUAGAGUUGAUGUUUAUUAUGGAGUUAGUUGUCAUGGGCCUCGUCUCCUUUAUUGGCCUAUUUUACGCGAUUGCCAUUGCCUCAAUUUUUGGCCGACAAAUUUGGAAGUAUCAUUAUUACACGUUUGGCAAACGAUUGCUUACGAGAGAGUACAUAGUCGAUGACAUGGAUGGUUUGGCCAAAGAUUGGUGCCCACCUCCCCUACCACCAGAUCAUGUUGACGAGCUAGAGGAACUCGGAUUUCUUUAGUACAAUAUUGAUGUUUAGACCUUCAAAAGCAAGGCAACAGAGCAACAAAUACUGUUCCAUAGCUGAAUAUCUCUAAUCCGAAUGUGGCCAACUAUCUAGAUCCUAAAAGGGCUAUAAACUAUGUUCUACAAAGAUUUUGUGUAUAGCAACCUUUUGUGGUAUGUAUAAGGUAUUUUCUAUCAAUAAUAAGUACCAGCAAUUCUCAAGUUAUUUUGGCAUGGACAAUCAAACACAAAAAUAUCUUGCAUGUCGAGAAGCCGAAUAAAUUUCGAAGCAAAUCGUGAUCGGCCCCAUAGUUUCCGGCAUCGUAAAGUCGGCGCGAUUUGGAGCCGAGGUCAGAUCUUCUGAUCUAGAAAAAAAUAGAUCAGAAAUGUAUCACUUACAAUUACAGUUGGAUUAUGAUCAUGAUUUAGUCACAAUUGAUUACGAUCUCUUUAUGAGUUUAUCGUCUUCUCAAAUUAUAGUUUGAAUUAGGAUAGAUGGUCGGAAGCCGUCUGUGGUAUAUAAGUGAUCAGGUUAUUAUAACCUGGAUGAGGCGGUGAAUCCAGAAAAAGAUUACGAGUGGUUCGAAUCCGAAUCAAACCUGGCCAGGUCGGGUCUGCUUGCGGGUCGAAGUAGUAGACUUGGACCGCUAAUCAAUUCCGGUAAACCGGUCCAAUAAGUACUUGGGAAACCGGUUUUUUUGUUGGCUCGAAUUAGGGCAACGCCGAAAAGGGUCGUAUAUAAGGCAUUGCAAUUCUCUCCUGAGCACCAAUUUUGCUGGUUUAGUUCCUGGCGCUCCUCUUGCUCGAGCUUGUGCGGCGACGAUGGCGGCGGCGGCGGAAUCGGUGCAGUGCUUCGGCAGGAAGAAGACAGCCGUCGCGGUGGCGCACUGCAAACGCGGCCGCGGCCUGAUCAAGGUGAACGGCGUCCCCAUCGAGCUGGUGAAGCCGGAGAUCCUCCGCCUCAAGGCCUUCGAACCCAUCCUACUCCUCGGGCGGCAGAGGUUCGCGGGGGUUGACAUCCGCAUCCGCGUCAAGGGCGGCGGCAAGACUUCCCAGAUCUACGCCAUCCGCCAGAGCAUCGCAAAGGCCCUCGUCGCCUACAACCAGAAGUACGUGGACGAGCAGUCCAAACAGGAGAUCAAGGACAUACUCGUACGCUACGACCGGACCCUUCUCGUCGCCGACCCCCGCCGAUGCGAGCCCAAGAAGUUUGGUGGUCGUGGCGCUCGGGCUCGUUUCCAGAAGUCGUACCGGUAGAUCCGCAGGGUCUGUAAUUCUGAACCUUUCCUCUCUUUUUAUAAUGCUUUUAGUUGAUGUUGCUUCGUCGGAUGUUGCUUUUGGAUCAUACAAAUUGCCCUGAUUCUGAACUGUGAUUUCUAUCUAUUCCGAUUCAUCGCUAUUAUGAAACUUUAUCAA